CGCGGCACGGCAUACGAGCUUGGUAAACAGAUCCCGGGUCAAGAACAGUCAUUGUCAGCUCAAUUAGCAUCCAUUCGACAAGCAGAAACGAUCAACCAGCAUGGCCCCUUCAGCCGCCUCAAAGCUCACUCUCCUCGCUGACUCCACCUUACUAACCCUCCACGAACGUCAGCGACUGCUCUCCAUCAACGUUCCACCAUCACCAGAGACAGACGAGGAGAUCCUGAAGUCAUUACAGACUCUACAACACGGAAUCGAUGUCCUAGAAGAAGAAUUGGGUAGAGCAGAGAGCGAUGGCAAGACGAGCUCAACCAAGCUGAAAGAAGCCGAAGACGUCCUCAUCAAACUCCAAUCAUCCUACCACAACCUCAAAUCAAUGUUCGACUCACCCUCAGACACCGAAGCACCUCCACUUCUGAACCCACCAACACUCCGAACAUCCCGAUCACCCUCUCCACACUCUACAUCAGCAAAGGCUGCCGCGUCCCUCCUUGGCUCUGAUCCGAGAGAAGAUUUACUAGGCGAACCUUCUCGAAACCAACGAGAACGGAAACAGGUUAGGUUCUCGGAUAGUGUGUUCUCGAAUGAAGAUGGAGAGCCGAAUGAUAACUCCACGAUCUUGGCGCUGCAGAACCGGAUUAUGGAGAGUCAGGAUACGUCGUUAGAUGCGUUGGCUGCGUCUCUGAGUACUACGCGGAACCUCUCGCUGCACAUUUCGGAUGAGCUUGAUUCACAUCAGGAACUUUUGGCAGAUUUAGAUGAUGCCGUUGACAGGAGUCGCACGAGAGUCGAGGACGCGCGAAGAAGAGUGAGGAAGAUCGGGAGGAAGGUGAAGGGGAACUGGGGAUGCAGUAUCAUUACUUUGUUGAUCUGCAUCCUGGUGAUCUUAAUCGUGGUGCUGAAAUAGGCGAUGAGCUGAAGGGUUAUUUAUCUCGAUAGACUUCGAAUUGAUAGCGAUAUGGGUUAUGGAUUGGGUCAAGGCGUUUCUUACAGCGAGC